CAGGGGCCAUUUUCUGCAUUGAUGUGGUAGUGGUACACCUAUUGUUUUCAGAACUUCAUCCCAAACCGUCCUUGCUUCAUUUGUAAGGUGUUUACAGUGGAUUCACAGAUUUAGUAACACUGCCAGCUGUGAUACAGGGUUUCGCAGGGAUUUUAAGUGAAGAUCAUAUUUAGUCGAGUAAACCAGAGGGGAACAUACACAAAUCCGAAAAGGCGGAUUCAGCGCUUUUGUGUCGGUAAACUGAAAAUGCUCCGAGAAAUACAGCAGGUGUUGAGGCUGGUCAUGCUAAUGGGGAAGCAACGACGACAGCGUGGUUUGAAGGCUGCGGGGGGGCUUUUGGUGCUUCUGUGGACCGAAACCAGAGCGUCUGUUCAAAGUCUGAACUGCACCGGUAAGCCUCAGCUCUUCACCACGUUCUUACAAGUUGCAGCUGCUGGGCCCUGGUGCACGGGGAUUAAAAAAAAAGCACUCCAACCUGAUUUAAAGGAGAGUAUGUUUCCCUGUGCUUGGUCAUGUCCCGAGCCUGACCCUGAGGAGCUGUGUGCCUUCACUGAUCUGUAUGGUUCCCUCAGAUUACUCCUUUCCUUUCAGAUGAAAGAUGCAAGACUUUUCAGUCCAGAGUGGCAAUCUCAUAUAGAGGAAUUCCUACGCAUAUUCAACUUGGCUAAUGCAGGGAUUAAAAUCCACCUCAAAUUCAAAUUCAACAAGCAGACCCUCCACCAAGAAUUCAGAGUGAAAAUCAAAAGUAAAGUUACACAGGCAGCCAACCCACCACUGAUCUUGGAUGUCACCUGUAAUACACUGCCUCCAGAGUGUGUGAAGAAAGGAUGCUGGUGUCAGGGAGGACACCCGGUCCUUGGAGCCAGGUUGCCGCUCAGUAUCCCACCACAAGUCAUGGAUCAGGGCCUUUACGGGGAGCUCAGCAUCCAGCCUGUCACACUCCUUAGCCCUUGUGUGCUGCAGUACCCCAAUCUGGCAACCCAGCUCACUGACAUACAAGUGUUGGUCUACAGCCACAGUAAUGUUCCCGUUACAGGCCCCUCGACCUUCUUCCGGGACCUCCCUGUUCAUCUGGACCGUCAAGAACUGAGCCUGCAUCGCCUUCACUGCUCCUCCUUCAAAGAUCUUGUGCUUGGUGGUGGCACUGUGUACAAAGUAGAGCAAGAAAACAGGGAGGAAGAAUCAAGUCUUCCCACAGUGCAGCAGAGUCUCCUGCUUUUCCUCUUCCUGCAGCACAGUGACCCCUUCACCUCCCAGCUCUCUGAUGUUAUGGCUACAGAGGCAUUGAUAGAGCACAACCUGGAGGAUGUUCUGAGCAACAACAGACAUGCAGUCACAACAGCCCUGCAGACUGAGCUACAGAACACACUGAAAGCCCAAAAUCGCAGAAGAAAGGACCAAGAGAAGCUCCGUUCAGCUGUAAAUGUGAUUCUCAGCUCAUCCAUCAGUAUCGUGAGCUGCAGCACUAACAUGGACUUCAGAAAUGCCUGUCUGAACAGCAUGAAGGUGCGUGACACUCAUGAACUAUCGGCCUCCCUCUGUGAAUCUCUGAGGAGGGUGACAUCAUGGAAAUUCACCCCGAGGGGCAGGUGCUACCCUGCUCAGAUGGAAGAACAUUAUGAGAGUGAUGGCCCCACCAGAAGAGAAAUCUGAGACUGUUUGUGUUUGUCUUGAAGGAGUUUUGUUCUGUUUGAAGCCUGUGGAAGCAGUUAACACUGGAAUUAAUAUUCAUGGAGUUUAAAGCGUGGUAGCGGUGCAUGUUGUACAUUUGCUGGUGAUAGAAAUAGCUAUUUAUUUCACCUUUAAUUUUAAAAGUACAUUGUUGUUAUUGCAGUCUGUGUGUUAAAACAGAUGUGAUCGUUGUUUACACAGUUAUAAGAUAGAAAAUGUUCCAGAAGAGAUCUAUAUUGGGGCUGCAACUAAUGAAUAUUUUCAUUAUUGAUUAUUCUGCUGAAUAUUUUAGCAAUUCAUUGAUUGGUCUACAAAACAUCAAAAAACAGUGAUAAAUGCCUGUGACAAUAUGCCGUCAUUAAAUGUCUGGUUUGGUUCAGUUAACACUCUAAA